AUGGCUGAACUUGCCUCUGGCAUAAUGGGAAACGUCUUACAAAAGCUAGGGUCUGUUGUUUACCAAGAGUUGAGCUUGGCAUGGGGUAUCAAAAGCGAUCUAAGAAGGCUUAAGCGCGCCAUGUCAAUCAUUAGAGAGGUGCUCCUGGAUGCCGAAAAGAAGCAAGCAAGUAACCCCCUGCUGAGGCUCUGGCUAGGGCAGCUCAACGAUGUCCUUCAUGAUGCCGAGGAUUUGUUUGAUGAAAUUGAGUACCAAGCUUUAAGGAAUCAAGUGGUUGCCACACAUGGGAGCACUUCUAGAAAGGUACUUCAUUCCUUUUCAUCCUCUAUGACACGUGCAUUCCCCUUCAAACUGGCUCAUAAAAUUAAGGGCAUUAGAGAGAGGUUAGAUGAGAUUGAAGCCGAUAAGGAUAAGUUUAAUCUCACUGAACAACGUGAAGAUGGGCGUAUCAAGCACCGGUUGAGGGAAAUAGAUUUAAUCUCAUUUGUCCAUCCAUCAAAAGUAAUCGGAAGGGAUAAGGACAAAGAAAAUAUCAUUAAUUAUCUUUUGAUGCACUCAGAUGUUCGCAAAAAUAUCAAUGUAAUUUCCAUAGUCGGAUUAGGAGGUUUGGGGAAGACCACACUUGCCAAGUGGGUGUACAACAAUGAACGUGUAGUCCAGACUUUUCAAUUGAGAAUGUGGGUUUGUGUGUCUGAAGAUUUUAGUGUUACAAGAUUGAUAAAAGAAAUCCUUAAAUCUGCAUGCAAUGCAAUUGGGAUUGGAAUUGAUGAAAAUUGGAAUGUUGAUACAUUGCAAACUAGAUUGAGAGAACUUUUAAAAGAUCAGAAAUUUCUGCUUGUCUUGGAUGAUGUAUGGAAUGAAGAUCGUAAUAAAUGGAUUGAAUUGAGAGAUUUGUUAAUUGAUGGUUCUGAAGGAAGUAAAAUUAUAGUGACAACACGUAGUGACUUGGUUGCCUCCGCUAUGAGCACUGAUUCUACAUACAAUUUAAAAGGUCUAUCCCAAGAAGAUUGUUUGUCUUUGUUUGUGAAAUGUGCAUUUGAGGAAAGAGAAGAGAAACAACAUCCAAACCUCUUAAAAAUUGGAAAAGAAAUUGUGGGAAAAUGUAAAGGGGUUCCAUUGGCAGUGAAGACUUUAGGCAGUCUGCUUCAUUCAAAAGUUGAUGAACAGGAGUGGGAAUUUGUGAGAGAUAAUGAGAUAUGGAAAUUAGAACAAAAGGAGAAUGACAUCUUACCCGUAUUGCGAUUGAGUUACGAUCAACUGCCAAUUCACUUGAAGCGAUGCUUUGCCUUUUGUUCUCUUUUCCCAAAAGACCACAAAUUCUAUUCGUAUCUUUUGAUUCAAGCAUGGAUGGCACAUGAACUAAUACUUGAAACGUCUAUUAUUGAAAAACAAGAGUUGGAAUAUGUUGGAAACUUGUAUAUAAAUGAGUUGGUGUCGAGAUCUUUCUUCCAAGACGUUGAGAAAGACAUUCCUAACUUGCCCAUCUAUACUUUUAAAAUGCAUGAUCUAAUCCAUGAUCUUGCAAUCUCAAUUGCACAAGGAGAGUGUUCAGAAGUAGAUUUUGAUGCUAAAGACAUUAUUAGAACAAUUCGUCAUUUGUCAUUUUCAACCAAAGACUUGAGUCAAGAAGUUCCAAAAUGCUUAGACAAGUUUACAAAGGUGCGCUCCGUUAUGUUCACAACCAAACAACCAGUGUCCUUAGCUGAAGCAUGCAUCUCAAGAUUUAUGUCCCUGCGGUUGCUUCAUUUUGGUGGAUCAUCUUUUGAGGUCUUGCCAAGUUCUAUCGGCACUUUGAAGCAUUUGAAAUAUAUCGACCUAUCUUAUAAUGAAAGAAUCAUGGAACUUCCUAAUUCCAUUUGUAACCUACACCAUUUGCAAACAUUACUGCUUGAUGGAUGUAAGAAACUUGAACGGUUGCCCAAAGAUAUGAGGAACAUGAUCAGCCUUAGGUAUUUGACAAUAACAACAAAGUCUACAUGGUUGUUGAAGAAUGGAUCCUUGAAUUCUCUUCGGUUCUUGUUUAUAGAUGAUUGUCCUAGACUAGAAGUUUUGUUUCAAGGUAUGGACGGGUGCCUCACCAACCUUCGAGAGUUGGGUAUAUGGAGUUGUCCAAGGUUGACCACUUUGACACUCUAUAUCAAGCACCUAACUUCCUUAGAGCUCCUUGAAAUCGGAAAUUGUGAAGAGCUUGUUUUGAUGGGAGAAAAUGAUCAAGAUCUCAAGUUGAACCUCCGAAUUUUGUCGAUUCUACGGUUGCCAAAGUUGGAGGUCUUGCCCCAAUGGAUCCAAGGAUCUGCUAAUACUUUACAGUACCUACAAAUCAUAGAUUGUGAGAACUUCACAUCCUUGCCUGAGUGGUUGCCAACUCUCAAGUCACUUCGCGCACUUGAGAUUAAAAACUGCCCCGCGUUGUCAUCUCUUCCGGAGCAGACACUUUGUCUCACUACGCUAAGAUCAUUGAAGAUUAAAGGCUGUCCUGAAUUGAGUAAAAAAUGCAAACGAGAAGAUCAACCCAAGAUCGCGCAUGUACCAGAAGUUGAACUUGAUGAGGACAUAUCAAGUACUUCUUCAACAGAAGAUGAUGUUGAGAUUUAUAUGUCUAGGGACAGGACAAUAGUUGAAUGGAAGAUGCUGACAAUGAAAGCCUGCAUGUAAACAAAGUUUAAAGGGGUGCUGAUUUGGCUUCAUGUUGUGCCGUAGAUCCGUUGUCAUCAAGUUAUCAACAUCCAUUCUUAAUUAUGUUGGUGUUUUUGACUUUUGGAUUGACUUUCGAAUUAUAAUAUACUAAUGUUUUUAUUUGGAUUUGUAUUUAGAUUUAUAAUGUUUUGAAUUUGUAUUUAGUUAUUUGGAUUUGAAUUUGGAUUACUAAUGUUUUGGAUUUGGAUUUGUAUUUGGUUAUUUGA